CUUAUUAAAUUGAACAGGCACAAAAGCAACAUUAGAGUGUGGUCGACUUCGAGACCAUUUUCAAAAAAGAAAAUUAUUUCUGUAUUAUUUUUAAAACAUACCAAAAUAACAUACCGGAAGAAUACGAAAAUAUAAAGCAAGUUAUAUAAGGUUACCAAAAGUGCAAAAGCAGCAGAUUUAAUUACAUAACAUAUUAGAAGCGCAACUGCAAACUGCAAUUUUGUAUUGCUUCGAUUCAAAAUAAGCUGCUGUUUAGUUGUGAAACGAAUUGGAAUAAAAAGUUAAAAUGAAUAUUUUUAAUUAUACGCGUAUAUUGACAAUAUUGUUAAUUAUAAAUCAAGUGAAAAGCUCGAGCUCCGUUUACUCAAAAGAAUUGGAUGAUCAAUGCAGUACUUAUUGCUAUCAAGUCGUGAAACCCCUUCUAGAAAACGUAAAUACGGACGAAUCAAUGACAGAAGAAUAUAAUGAGCUGCAGCAUACAAUCAAAUUGCAAGCAGAAAAAAUAAAAAAUCUCAAUAAAUUGAUAAAGUCUAAAGACAAAUUGAGUAAAUCGUGUGAAAGGCAAAAUGGAAAUCAACAGAAACUUAUUGAUCAAUAUGAGACUCAAUUAACUACUUUAAAAUCAGAAAUAUCUUCGAAAGAUCUAGAGAUUAAAGAUUUGAAAUCAGAAAAUGUAAAAACAAAAGAACUUCAAGAUGAAAUCACAGCAUCUAAACAAGCAUCUAGCUGCUUCGGAAAUUUGACGAAUAUUCAGACCUUACGAGUCCCCAUAAUUCAUACAAUGACAGUUCCAUGUGAAUCGAACUUACCUGAAGCUGGAGGUGGUUGGACUGUUAUCCAGCGUCGUAAGGAUGGAAGUGUGAAUUUUAAUAGACCAUGGUCAGAGUAUAGAGAAGGCUUUGGAAAUCUUCAUGGUGAAUUCUUUCUUGGACUGGAGAAGAUUCAUUUGCUAACACAAUCCCAACCACAUGAAUUGUUUAUAUUCCUUGGAGACUUUUUUAAUGAAACCCGAUAUGCUCGAUAUAGCAACUUUGUCAUUGGUAACGAAUUGGAAUUCUACGAGUUGAAAGUGCUCGGAAACUACUCAGGCACUGCUCCCGAUUCAAUGCAACCUCAUAUACAUAAAAUGUUUUCAACACCAGAUAGAUACAAUCAUACUAAUAUCCGUUGCGCUAAAGAUUAUAGUUCGGGGUGGUGGUUUUCCAAAUGCUAUCGGAGUAAUCUUAACGGAAUGUACGUGUAUUCUGAUAAUGAUAAGGAUGUGAAUGGCAUUGAAUGGAGAUCGUGGAAGUCUCGGCCGAUGAAAUUUGCACAAAUGAUGAUUAGGCCACUCGAGUAAAAUUUUAUAAUUAUUAAAAAAAAAGUUGUAUAAAAAAGUUUUCCAGCAUCUCAAAAAAUUAAAAAAAAUUGUCUGUGGUUAGAUCGAUA